CCAGAUAAAUUGCUUUCAUCAUCUUGGAUACAAUACCCCGUUUCCUGGAACUAAACAAAGCAAUGGAUCCAUUGACAGCACUUUUGCAGCAAUGGUGGCUAGAGCUCCAGUCUACAACUUUCUUCAAACCCAUCAUUUUCUUUCCUCUUCUCAUCUUCUUCUCUGUGUAUUUAUACAAGCUUAUUAUUACAGGUCCAAAACUCAAUCUUCCUCCUUCCCCUCCAAAGCUACCAAUAAUAGGAAAUAUUCACCAACUUAGUACACAACUCCAUAGAUCUUUCCAGGAUCUCUCUGAGAAAUAUGGCCCUCUAAUUCUCCUCCAUUUGGGUCGCUCCCCAAUACUGAUCGUUUCUUCAGCAGACAUAGCAAAAGAGAUAUUGAAAUCCCAUGACUCUGUUUUCCUAAAUAGGCCUAGAGUCAGGGCAGCAGAUGUUCUCCUCUAUGGAUGCACAGAUGUUGCAUUUUGUCCCUACGGUGAAUACUGGAGACAAACCAAGAGAAUCCAUGUUCUUGAACUUUUGAGCCUCAAAAGGGUGCAAGGUUUUCAGUUUGUUAGGCAAGAAGAAGUUGCAGAGAUGGUUGAAAAGAUCCGUUAUAGGUGUGAAGAUGGAGGUGAAGUUGAUCUUAGUGAGAUGCUUACAACCAUAUCAAACAGCAUAGCUUCACGAUGUGCACUUGGAAGAAAAUAUGAAGGAGAAGAUGGCGAUGAGAGUUUCGGAGCUCUUUCGAAGAAGGCAUUGGAACUCACUGGGGCAUUUAACUUUCGAGAUUCUCUUCCUUUUCUGAAAUUUAUGGAUGGUCUUACAGGAUUUGAUGCGAAAUUGAAAAAGACUGCAAAGGCAUUCCAUGAUCUACUUGAUCAAGUAAUAGAUGAACACCAGAAAAGUAACAAUUAUGAUCAACAACAGUCGGAUAAUAAGAAAGACUUUGUGGAUAUUCUUCUCCAUCUUCAAAAGGGUGGUGAGCUUGGCAUCAAUCUCACUCGAGAAAACCUCGUGGCAAUCCUACUGGAUACGUUUAUUGGUGGAGCUGAUACAACUGCAGCAACAAUGGAAUGGGCAAUGUCGGAGCUUGUAAAAAACCCUAGAGUAAUGAAGAAAGCCCAAGAAGAAGUAAGAGGAGUGGUGGGGAACAAAACAAAUGUAGAUGAAUCUGACAUUGAUGAAAUGGAGUAUUUGAAAUGUGUUGUUAAGGAGACCUUGAGAUUACAUGCACCUGUUAUGGUUCCUAGAGAGUCAACAAGUAGUGUCUAUAGUAAAUUAGAAGGUUAUGAUAUUCCGCCCAAAACAAAAGUUUUGAUCAAUGCAUGGGCAAUUCAAAGAGACCCCAAAUUGUGGGAAAAUCCUGAAGAGUUUGUACCAGAGAGAUUCAUCGACAACCCGGUUGAUUUUAAAGGCCACCACAACCAAUUCAUUCCAUUUGGUGCUGGAAGGAGAGGCUGCCCUGGGAUGUCAUUUGCUGUUAUAGAGACUGAAUAUGUUUUAGCCAAUUUACUCUACUGGUUUGAUUGGAAGUUGCCUAAUGGUGCAACCGUGGAGGAUUUCGACAUGUCUGAUGUUUUCGGGCUUGUAAUUCAUAAGAAAAUACCUCUUCGUCUGGUACCAGUACUUCAUUAACCAUGUUAAUCUUUAUUCAGAAGUAUGUAGUUUUUUCAUGUAAAACAUUUAAUGCUUUUCAUGUGUUUGUUUGGGAGAGUGAAGGAACAGUUGGGAGGAAUUUCACAUUACU